AACAUAGUAUUGAGAAAUGUGUAUAAAUAAUUGUUAAAACUGGAAAGUGAUCAGUUUAAAGAAAUCUGCACAUUGUGUAGUUGUAACACGCUGGCUGCGUCUGAAAUGGUGUACUACCCUACUACACAGUAGACGAACAGCAGUACACCAGAGGGGUAGUAGUUAUGUCCGAAUUCUCAGUAGGAGAGAAAUACCCGGAUGGUGUACUGCUUCCGGUGAGAUUUUGCAGUCAAAAAUCCCCAUAAUGCAACAGGACUGGUGCGGACGAGCUCAGAAAAAAAUGGCGGAAGACAGCGCGUCGGCUCUUUUUAAGUAUUAAACCUCGGUUAAACGAGAGUUGUUUAACAAUACCCGAAUAAAUUGUUAACUUGUUGAAGGUUUAAACAAGAAAACAGCUGUCACAGCGUUUGAAACCUUUUUUGUGAUCUCCAUCAUGCCUUAGCCGGCCAAGCUAACGGCAACGAAUUUACCUCAGUCUGUUAACCCCGCCCACUUUACAUUACUAAUUCAGUUCACUUUCCUGAUCUGCGUUUUGCCGUGUAGUAGGUUCAAGAUUUUGGAAUUAAAUGUACUUAUGUAUUUUUCUUAAAAUUAAAUUUUGAAAUGUUGUACUUCACAUUGUAUUCAGUAGAUUGUGAGUUUUUGUAUGUUUGUUUCUGUAGGCUGUUCUCUCUCUGCUGAUAAUCUGAGAGAAAUCACACGACACAAAGGUGGUUCAGUGCUGUUCCCCUGCUCCUGCUCUGACCUGCACACCAAACCUCAGAAAUUCACCUGGGAGACCUUCAGAACAGAAAAUUUGACCGAAGUGUUAAAUGAUGAACACUACCGUGACAGACUUCAGCUGUUUAAUCACAUUUCUCCUGCUAAUCUGUCUCUGCUAAUAUCUGACCUGAGAGACGAGGAUCAGGGAUUCUACAGGUGCAGCACUGAGAAGGAACACAGAGACAUCAAGCUUUAUGUUAAAGGCUGUGAGCUGGUGAAGACAGGGGUAGAGGACGUGACUGUGUUCACAGGAGAGUCUGUAGUUCUGCCCUGCGUCUGCACUGACCUACAGGACAAACCAAAGUCUGUAAAAUGGGAGUUUAUUGGAAUCAAUCACUUUCAGGAAAUUUACCCUGAACAGACUGGACGUCACAGAAACAGAGUCAAACUGGUCAGUAACAACACUUCAGGAAACCUCUCUCUACUCAUAUCAGACCUGACUGAAGAGGACCAGGGACGCUACAGAUGUUCUGUACAGGACGAUAGCAGAGAUGUCAGAUUAUCUGUUAAAGUAGGAAGAAGAGAAACUUCGACACACUCGAGGAAAACAGACACAACACCUCCAUCAGAACCGCCUCAGAGUAAAGCAACAAACUCUCCACCUGCAUCAUCCUCAACAACACUGGAACAAGAUAAACAGCAAACACACAGCAGCCUCCCUCUGGUUUUCAGCAUUGUGGCAGUUUUAUUGUUGGUGAUACCCGGUGUAGUGGCAUUUAUUUGUUGGAGACGCAAAGGAGGAAGAUGUGGAGAGAACGUGAUCACUGAAGGACGUCCGGACUGUAAGAGAAAGCAGAAGGAUCAGACUGAACCUGAUGUUACUUACUCUACUGUAACCCACGUGAACACAGCCGCAGCAGCACGGGUCCAGAUCAACACUGGAGACAACACUGAAUAUGCCAGCAUUCUAACAAACUAAUCCACAGUAAAUAUCUAGAAUAAUACUGAAUACAUACAGUAUAUUAAAUACACACCAUGGUAAGCACAUGAUUCACAGUAUUGGCUUUGUUUAUUUUACUGUGGCUUUUUUUUUUUAAUUUGACCAUUAAUAGCAGAUUUAACCCUCUUACCCCUAAGUUCCCACAGUAUUAUGUCCCAUAACCCUAUAUUCCCCAGAGAAACAGCACGCGAACCCUGAGUUCCUGGGCCAAAAUCAGCAUUUUAAUUUUAACAUUUUUAAGCCUUGAAACAACUUAUAAUAAUGUAUUUGUGUAAUAUUACUUUGAAAAUGAAGCAGUUCAGUGUUUUUACUAAACUUAGAGCACAAUUCUUAACUAGAGAAAUUACGAAAAAAAUGCUCGCUAAAAUCCUUAUACUCAUUUAGAAGUACCAUACGAGCAUCAGCGUGGUCAAUGCCU